GAUGGCCUAUUAAAGAUUUUAAAUUACUAGAACGACUUAUCAACGAGAUGCCUCUUCCAGGGAUUUUUGUAUCGAAACAAAGAACUCGCUGGAUAACAAAGUUAAUCAAAAACUGCUCUUAUCAGAUCGCCAGGAUGUCUGACCCUGAAUUUGACCCCGCUACCCCGCUAUCUCCCUCAUAAAUAUAUCACACUCCCAACCCCCACUCCCAAUAAAAUGCCCCCUCGCUCUCAAGCCCCAAAUCCUAUUUCAAGAAUGUCCUCCAAGCUAGAAAUCGCCACUUUUACUCCCUCCUCUGCCCUUUCAGCUCUCAGGUCCGGCGCGCAACGCAUAGAGCUUUGUGCGCACAAGAACCAAGACGGAUUAACGCCUGCUGUGAAGGAUUUCUCCCGUAUCUACUCUGCUCUGGAUGAGAAGCCUGGAGAUCAUGAUGAUGGGAAGAUCGGGAAGAGUGGAGAAAGUGGGGAAAUCAAUAUCAUGAUUCGACCUGUGGAUAAUAGUUUGCUGGGCGGAGGUCCGAAUGAUAAUUUCAGGGUGGGAGGUGGAGUGUUUGAGGAGAUGAGGGGGGAGAUUAGGAGAUUUAGAGAGCUGGGGGGGAGGGGGUUUGUUUUUGGAGUCUUGAGGGAUGGAGGAGGGGGGGAGGGGUUGCUGGUUGAUAGGGAGAGAUGUGCUGAGUUGAUUGGGAUUGCGAGGGAGGGGGAAGGUGGAGAGAAUGUGAGGUGUACGUUUCAUCGCGCUUUUGACCGGAUUGAUCCUCUGAGGAUGGAAGAGCAAUUGGAGGUGCUUAUAAAUCUGAACUUCACAUCUCUCCUCACAUCCGGUGGCGCUCCCACUUCCGUGCAAGGAAUUGUGCAACUCCAAAAAUUGGUUCGGCAAGCAGCUGGUAGAAUCGAUAUCAUUGUAGGAGGUGGCGUACGCAGCAUAAAUCUUGAAAAUCUGAUGCAAGAAACAGGAGCGGGAUGGUUCCAUAGUAGUGCUGUGACAGGGGACGGAGAGGAAGUAGAUGGUAAGGAGGUGGAGAAGAUGAGGGAUAUCUUAAGGGGUGCGAGAUUUGGUUGAAAAUGGCUUGUUGGUAUGGCCGGAGGAUCUGAUGGUAUCAUCUCGCAUUCAAUUCGUUUGAAAAGGGUAUAGA